AUGGCUACUUAUUCUCAUCUGUGUCAUCAAUUGGCUAAGAAGCUGACUGUAGGUGACCGGAUAAGUCUUGGCUGGUCCGGUGCGAGUGCUGCAUUCUCUGGCGAUGGAUCUGGUCUACAAGCGUCGAUAAAUAGGCGACAACUGGGUGAUACUAGUGUCGUCAAGUACUACGAAGAGAUGGUGGACUUCUGCGCCUUCGGUGUUGUUGAGGCAUUGGAAGAGAUCACCGACUGCCUGACUGAGAAGAAACAGGGUGCCUGUCUCAUUCAC